AUAAACAUGAGUCUGAAAAUUGAAGCUGAAACAAAAGUUAGUUCUGAUCCCUGCGUAUUAGCAUUUGACGGCAACUUGUAUAUUGGAACUGAAGAUGGCUAUAUCCAUUCCUUCGACAACAAACUGAGCCCCGUUGCAUCAUGGCCAGCGCACGCAGUACAACUGUUCGCCCUAGCGGCGGGCGGCGGCGCCGUCUACUCCAGCUCGAACGAUGGCACCAUCAGAGUAUGGUCUGCGAAAGGAGACAAGAUUACCGAAAUACCAAUGCCUGGCGCUGAUGUUAGCGUGCUACAUGUCUCUGGUAACGAGUUGUACACGGGCGAUGAAGCAGGGACUGUAAAAGUGUACGAGAAUAAUACUGAAAAAGCCAUGUACAACGUGUUAGAAGAAGUAAAAGAUCUCGCACUGAGCGUACCAUUUAUGUUUACCGUUCGAGAUCUGGAUGUAACAGUCACUGAAAUCAAGCCUGAUGAAUCCAGAACUCGAUUUGUUACGCGGCAUACUAUGGAGGGUCGCGCUCCGUUGAGAGUAGCUGGUCCACAUCUUCUCUGCAUGGCGAGAGGGGGAAACAAUCUUGCCCUACACGACUCGUCUGUGGCUACCGUCUUCAAGAAAAAGCAUGAAGUUAAGGUUAGUGACAUGAUUGUAACAAGUCUGGCAGUCUCUGGUGAUUAUGCUUGGACUGGAGGCUGGGACGGCGUCAUACGACGAUGGAAAAUUACUACCGACCAAUUGGAAGAUUCUGGAUCAUUAGAACUUGGUGCUUGCAUCAAUGGAUUGGCAGCUUCACAAGUCAGUGUGUUUGCUAUUGUGGCAGGAGGGAGGGUGGUGUGUGUAAAAGGAGCAUAGAUCAACAAUACCUUUGAAAUAACACCUCAUGCCUUUAUAUGUAUAAAUGUAUUUAAAUUUCCCUGUGACUUUUUGGCUGUCAAUAGAAUAUAGGUACUUAGGCCAAUAAAGUUUUAGGUGAUUA